AUCAUUUCCUGCCUGUAAACGAAAGUGAAAUUAAGUGUCGAGAUUUUAAAGGCAGAGUCGAAAGUUUGUCAAGAAAUACUUUAUCAAGAUUCUGGAAUAAUUUAAAGAUAUUCUAUGUUUCAAGAGGCCCCAGCAGGAAUCAUCUGGUCUGGAUCAGCAUAGAAAUGGAUGGAUCUGCUUCUGAAAUGCGCCCCCCUGUGGGGUGUAACAGAAAGAGCCCUGAGAGUGUCCUGAUGAAGAGAGCAGACUCCCCUGUACCCAGCUGUGUUUCCCUGAAGAGUGACUGGUCAAUGGAGCCCCCACUCGCCUUCAGAGAGGGACCUUUUCCUACAGAUCAAAGAGACCAAAUGAAAGAUUGCAGUACAGAUCUACAUGAUAAAUCGGGUUUAUCAUCCAUAUUGAAGUCACUAGAGGAGAAAGCCAUGAAGUUCCUAAAGGACGAGCUGAAGACGUUUGUGAGGUACCUAGAUCAGAAUUACCCAGAAUGCUCUGAGCCUCAGCUGGAGGAGGACAAUGACCUGGACUGUGAUGGUCAGAUGCAGAAGACCAGUGUUAGAGAAGUAGCUCUGAAGAUCACACUGUACAUCCUGAGGACCAUGAAGCAAAAUGAUCUUGCUGACCUGCUGGACAAGAGACAGCUCAUGCUACAGGAAUUCAAAGGUAAACUUAAGAAGCAAUUUGUGUGUGUAUUUGAAGGGAAAGCUAAGGAAGGACAGCCAACACUUCUCAGUGAGAUUUACACAGAACUCUACAUAACUGAAGGUGGGACUGGAGCAGUCAAUGAUGAACAUGAAGUGAGACAGAUUGAAACAGCAUCCAAGAAAAGGCGAACAGAAGAUACUACAGUCAAGUGCAAUGAUAUAUUUAAACCCUUAUGUGGGCGUGAGACACCUAUCAGAACUGUACUCACUAAAGGGGUGGCAGGUAUCGGGAAAACAGUCUCUGUGCAGAAAUUUAUUCUCGACUGGGCGGAAGGAAAAGCGAACCAGGAUGUUCACUUCAUAUUUGCUCUUCCUUUCCGGGACCUGAAUUUGAUUAAGGAUGAAUACAGUCUGAUUGAACUGCUUCUCCACUUUGUCCCAGAACUGAAAUCACUUGAAUCCACUGAGCUGUUUAUGUACAAAAUCUUGUUCAUCUUUGAUGGUCUGGAUGAGUGUCGCCUUCCUCUCGAUUUUCAGAACAAUGAGAGCUGGUUUGAUGUAACAAAGAAAACGUCACUGGAUGUGCUGUUGACUAACCUCAUUAAGGGGAAUCUGCUCCCAUCCGCUCUCCUCUGGAUAACCUCCCGGCCAGCAGCAGCCAAUCAGAUACCUGCUAAGUGUGUCCACCAGGUGACAGAGAUACGAGGGUUCAGUGAUGCCCAGAAGGAGGAGUAUUUCAGGAGGAGAUUUAGGGAUCAGAGCCUGGCCAGCAGGAUUAUCACACAUGUGAAAUCAUCAAGGAGCCUCUUCAUCAUGUGCCACAUACCUGUGUUCUGCUGGAUUUCAGCCACUGUGCUUAAGAGGCUUUUUAGUGAGACUGACAGGGGAGAAAUUCCAAGGACUUUGACUGAAAUGUACACACACUUCCUGAUCUUUCAGACAAGUUUAAAAAAUGACAAGUAUAUGAAAAACCAAGAAACUAAGCUUAAGGAAUACAGCAAGGAAUUCCUUUUAAAACUUGGUAAACUGGCUUUUGACAACCUUGAGAAAGGAAAUCUCAUAUUUUAUGAGCAAGAUCUGUCAGAGAAUGGCAUUGAUGUCACUGAAACUUCAGUUUACUCUGGAGUGUGCACAGAAGUCUUUAAAGAGGAGUAUGGGUUGUACCAGGAGAAGGUGUACUGCUUUGUGCAUCUGAGCAUCCAGGAGUAUCUCGCUGCUUUAUAUGUGUUUCUGUCAAACUCAUCAGCUGACCUGCUGAAGACUGCAGUGGAUCAGGCAUUAGAGAGCAAGAAUGGACACUUGGACCUCUACCUCCGCUUCCUCCUGGGCCUCUCAACAGACUCCAGUAAGACUCUGUUACAAAAGCUACUGGGACAGAGAAGAAAGAGAUCACAUGACAUUAACAAAAUAACCAAAUACAUCAAGGAGAAAAUAAAGGAGAAUUUAUCUCCAGAAAGGACCAUCAACCUGUUCCAUUGUCUGACUGAACUUGGUGACAAUUCUCUAGUAGAGGAAGUACAAAGAUACCUGAAUUCAGGAAACAUUUCAGCAGAUGACCUCUCACCUGCACAGUACUCAGCUCUGGCCUUUGUGAUGCUGAUGUCAGAUGAGGAGCUGGAUGUGUUUGAUCUGAAGAAAUACAUCAGACGAGAUAAAGAGCACUGCAGGCUGCUGCCUGUGGUCAAGAACUCCAGGACGGCUCUUCUGCCUUCUGAUCACAGGCACAGCAUCCUAACCUGCUAUAGAAACAGUGAGGGCUCUUUAUCCACAGGGUGUAUCAGUGGUAUGUGAGUGUUAUUGUCUGCAGGCGUGUUCAUGUGAUGGAGCCCAGAGUUGGGAGCUUCUGUAUGACUGCUGUCUCUGGCUGCUCACUGGCGCCCUCUGCUGGCCUCAGCUGCACCUGGCUGAGGAUGUGAUGACACAUCUAGUCCGGCAGACAUAGAUAAACAUUGUUUAAAAUAUAAAAUGAAUAUGUAUAUAUGUAAUUUAUUUCCCCUCUUUUAUCAACAAGGUUCCUUUUUAAACUUGU